GUCGACUUUUAGAUCCCUACCUUGCAGAAUACCAGAAUACGAACAGGAAAAAAUUACUGGAAAUUUUAAUGUGUUAAAAGAAGAAAACAUAAAAUAUAAUGAAGACGAUUUAACGAAACGAAAAAAUGAAUAUCAAGAGCAUGAGCAAUCGGUGUAACGUAAAAUCAAAGUAACCAGCUAAAAAAAAGACAUACUUAAGACUUCGAGUGUACAUAAAUCGUGAAUCGGAAAUAUAAUGAAAAUUCUUUAAACGAUGGUUAAGGUGGGAUAAGCAUCAAAAGUGGUUCUCAGUUUUUGAGUUUUGUGCGAUAACCAGGUGGCUAAGGUUCCGCAGAGUACAUAAAGGAUACACUUCUACGAUGUUUUCCGUUCAAUACGGGAGUGUUGGUGGGGGGACCAUGAUGGGUGAUUCUGAUGGCUACGACUUCUCGAAGAGUGAGAAUGCUGCUAGAUGGAAAGGCUUGUUUAUGCCGUCUUUGAAAAAGGUUUUAGAGCAAGUUCAUCCUCGUCUUACGGCUAAAGAAGAGGCGUUGUUGUUUGUGGAAACGUUGUGUUUGCGAAUUUUGGCUGUGCUUUGCGCAAAGCCUCUGCCCCACACCGUUCAAGACAUCGAAGACAAAGUUCGAAAGUAUUUCCCGUCGCCAAUCGACUGCUGGGCAUUGAAUGAAGCUAAAGAAACGCUGCUGUGCAAAAAGCGCCGAUCAGUCUUGCCCACAGAACGGGUGCACACAUUGCUGCAAAAGGAUGUUUUGCAGUGCAAAAUGGAUAGUUCGGUGACAGUUUUUCUGGUUGCCGUAUUGGAAUACAUUUCUGCGGAUAUUCUGAAAUUAGCUGGUAAUUAUGUUAGAAAAAUUAAACACUAUCAAAUAUCGAAGGCGGACAUAGAAGUUGCAAUGUGCGCCGACAAGGUCCUCAUGGACAUGUUCUAUCAGUCGGACAUGAAAUCGAAUGUUCUGCCUAGUCCUUUGCCGACGCUGCCGGUCCAGCGUGCCAGCACAACGUACGAGGAAAUUGUUAAAGAUUUGAUAAACGACGAAAAACAAUAUCAACGCGACUUACACAUGAUCAUUCGUGUAUUUCGAGAGGAGCUAAGUAAAAUUGUAAGAAACCCUAAGGAGCUUGAGCAAAUCUUCUCCAAUAUAAUGGACAUCUACGAAGUGGCAGUAACACUGUUGAGCUCACUGGAAGAUGUCGUUGAAAUGUCACAAGAGCAAAAUGCCCCUUGUGUUGGUAGCUGUUUCGAGGAAUUGGCUGAAGCUGAAGAAUUCGACGUUUAUACAAAGUACGCACAAGAAGUGACGUCGCAGGCAUCAACCGAUGCCUUGACCGCAUUGCUUGCACGGCCAGAUGCAAUGUCUCUGAUGUCUGCAGGCCAUGGCUUUCGGGACGCCGUAAAAUACUACUUACCAAAAUUGCUGUUGGUACCCAUAUGGCAUGCAUUCAUGUAUUUCGACUAUAUAAAAAUCCUAAUGAAAUACAGUCCGUCACAGGAUGACAUUGAAAGCUUCGAGCAAGUGCAAGGUCUACUGCGUCCCCUAAGAAACGACCUUGAGAAUAUUGUUGCUACGUUACCAAAGGAAUCUUGCGUUGCCAUGAGCAGCCGAGCCCGCCGUCAACUAGCCAUCGAUCGAACUAGGGAACUGCAGAAUACGGUCGAACACUGGGACAAGGAUGUGGGACAGAACUGCAAUGAGUUUAUACGGGAAGAUGUAUUGGGCAAGCUUGGCUCUGGAAAAAGAAUUGCGGAACGCAAGGCAUACCUCUUCGAUGGUUUGAUGCUGCUCUGUAAGCCCAAUACGAAACGCCAGGCUUUGUCGACAAACGCCCAAGUCUACGAGUAUCGCUUGAAAGAGAAAUUCUACAUGAGGCGGGUGGAAAUAAAUGACCGCCCUGACACCGAUGAACUCAAACACUCCUUCGAGGUGGCACCACGAAUACAGGCACCCGUUACCCUCGCCGCCAAAAGUGGCCCCCACAAGAAUGACUGGAUGGCCGAUCUUAUUAUGGUGAAUACGAAGUCUAUGCUGGACAGAAUUUUGGAUAGCAUACUGCUUGACAUCGAGAAGAAACAUCCAUUACGCAUGCCCAGUACAGAUCUAUACAAGUUUGCCGAACCGGACAGUCCCAACAACAUUGUGCUUGAAGAAAGAGAGAGUGCCGGAGUACCUCUCAUAAAAGGCGCCACUCUGUGUAAGCUUAUUGAGAGGCUGACUUAUCACAUCUACGCCGAUCCCAUGUUUGUGCGAACCUUUCUCACAACAUAUCGAUACUUCUGUACGCCACAAAACCUUUUGUCACUUUUAGUUGACCGCUUCAAUAUACCAGAUCCCAGUCUGGUGUACACCGACCAACACAAUAACGACAAGGAAAGCACGCACUGCGAAUCUGACAAAUUGCACAAAAACUCCCAAAGAGAAGAUUGGAAGCGAUACCGCAAGGAAUAUGUGCAGCCGGUGCAAUUUAGAGUGCUAAAUGUUUUGAGACACUGGGUUGAUCACCAUUUCUACGAUUUCGAGAAGGAUCCUCCGUUGCUGGAGAGACUGCUGUAUUUCCUAGAAGGUGUCAAUGGCAAAUCCAUGAGAAAAUGGGUGGACUCAGUGCUAAAAAUAGUACAAAGAAAGAGCGAACAAGAGAAAUGUCAAAAACAGAUCACUUUCGCAUAUGGGCAUAAUCCGCCGCCAAUAGAACAUCACCUGAAUGUACCCGAUUCGGACAUAACAUUGCUGACUCUACAUCCCUUGGAGCUGGCAAGGCAGUUGACCCUCUUGGAGUUUGAAUUGUAUAAAAAUGUGAAGCCAUCGGAGUUGGUGGGUUCGCCCUGGACAAAAAAGGACAAGGAGCAAAAAAGCCCAAAUCUGCUUAAAAUCAUGAAACACACAACAAAUGUGACGCGCUGGAUAGAGAAAACUAUUAUUGAAGCCGAAAACUACGAAGAGCGAGUAGCUAUGGUAACGCGAGCCAUCGAAGUGAUGAUGGCAAUGCUAGAGCUUAACAAUUUCAACGGAAUAUUGUCCAUUAGCGCUGCGAUGGGCAGUGCAUCGGUGUAUCGUCUGAAAUUAACAUUCCAAGGUCUGCCAGCACGCUACGAGAAAUUUCUGGAGGAAUGCCGCGAGCUAAACGAUGGACAUCUAAAGAAAUAUCAAGAGCGCUUGCGUUCCAUCAAUCCUCCGUGUGUGCCGUUUUUUGGUCGCUAUUUAACAAAUAUACUGCACUUGGAAGAAGGCAACCCCGACUUCCUUCCAAACACCGACCUUAUUAAUUUCUCGAAGCGACGAAAGGUUUCCGAAAUUAUUGGUGAAAUUCAACAGUAUCAAAAUCAGCCAUACUGUCUAAUGCCGGAUGCUAAAAUAAGAAAAUUCCUGGAAAAUUUGGACCCUUUCGAGGGCAUGACGGAUACCGAAAUAUCAAAUUUUUUGUACAAUGAAAGUCUUCGCAUUGAGCCCAGGGGGUGUAAGCAACCUCCCAAAUUUCCCAGGAAGUGGGCGUCUGUAACACUGAAAUCACCGGGUAUUAAGCCUCGCCGACAAAAUAUUAACAACAGCAGCAGUACGAGCAACAGUUUAGCCUCCACAAACAAUGGUGCUGUCAGCACCGUCCCUAGUACGGCCCAAACACUGGUGGCCACACGGUCCCACUCGUUUACACCAAUGACGAGUGAAACAAACGCUGAUUGUGAGCAGUGUUCGCCGAGUAAUAGUACCAGCUUCAAUGCAAAUGCAAAUGCGAAUGCGCAAACAGCCAGCAGUACCAACAGCCAGGCAUUCUCCGUAUUUGCCAACGUCAACAUACCAAAACGCAAUGGGUCUAAAAGCAUCUCAACCACUGCAACAAUGGCUGAUUUGCAGGAUGCAAACGCAUUAGUAGCACAGUCAGCAAUGAAGCGAACCGAAGACGAGUUUGGCGAAGCACCUUUUUUGCCCAAAAAGGGAGCAGCGGCAUGUGUGCCACCAUUUACGGCAUCUUUGGCGGAUGAGAGUGCUUUGCCAAUUUUUGAACUGGCUGCUACAGGGCCAGACGAUUCUAUUGCAGCAGCACAAGCAACUCAAUUAACAUCUAAUCGGAUUUCUUGGGAUACUCAGGCGGUAUUCGAUAGUGAUUCGCUAAUAUCCCCCUUGCCAAAAGUAGUGGUUAGUCCACUGCGCGGUUUAAGUCACACAAGCAAUCUACCUCCAUUCCACCCUGCAGCUUCAAUGCAGAAUUCUGAUGGCACAACAACAACAACAAACACAACCACAAGUUAUUUCAGUUCCGCCGAGAACGCUGUGGCGAUUACAGCAAGUCCCAAAUCGCAGAGUUCGGAGUUGGAUUUCUGUAGCGCAUCCGUACCUGUUUCACCACACGUAAAUGUACCGACGUCAGCAAAUGUUCGCUAUCGUACAGCGCCACCACCUCUUCCGCCCCGAAGAAAGGACCGCACCGAAAGUUGUGCAGACAUAGCUCAAAAACGCCAAGCACCAGAUGCCCCAAUGCUUCCGCCACGGGAUGGCGAGAUGAGUCCCCCUCCCAUUCCACCAAGAAUAAGCAACCAUCCUCAUUACCAUUGCCAUUCCAACGUAUCGAAUUUCCAUGGACCAAGUGAUGACUUCAUGAAUGCAAGCAGUUUGCUCUUGCCCAAUACAAGCACCAUUAUGAAGCGGCGAAAUUCGGCAAUAAAGAAGCGCACCGAUGCUACAACCGGUGCUACCACCAACCUUACAUGUUCCACAUCGUCAUUAAUGUUGUCAAACGUAACAAUGAUCUCAGCCUCUUCGCUUGCAGCAACUGCAAAUCAUGCAAAUCUACUUAAUGCACUGCCCCAACUAGGCCACUUGAGCACAGCAGCAGCCAUCUCAUCGGAUGACCAAUCAAUCUCGCCGGCAUUAAGCUCUUCCACAACGACAUCGCCCAUAACACCAAUGACACCCGUAUCACCGCACAAUCUCUCCGGCUAUCAGCCAGCCGACAUCUCGCAGCACUCCCAAUUAAUCCUCAAGAAUAUUUCAAGUUCCUCACUAUCGGUAUUUCCUCAACACCUACCUGUAUACCUUCAACAACACUCACAUCAAACUCUACAACAAACUACCACUCAUCACCACCAUACUAACGUUGCGAUUGGCGGCAGCCCCCAAAGGCCGCCAACCAAAGAUCUAUGCCCAAAUGUGGAAAACAUACUCAAGCUUCCGCCAAAGCCCAAUCUUGGCGGGGAUACUUGCAGCGACUCGGACAAAUGUACCAUGUUUCCUUACCCAAGUACAAAUCAUUAAUAGUAUUGUAUGCCUAGUGAUGUGAUAUGGGUGCAAGAGAACUAACUCGAUAUAGAUGUAUGAUGAUGAUGAUGAUGAUGAUGAUGGUGAUGAUGAUCACUGAUCUGUUAUGUUAUUGUAAAUAAAAUACAUUAUUGAACGUAGAACAUGAUAAUAAUAAUAAAAACAAAAACGAUACCAUUGUUAAA